AGAACAUACAUCUUCUGUUGACUGGGUUGGGUGCUUUGUUAUCGAUUAUCAAACACAGGAUCAGAAGCAGGAGCUGUGUGGAGUGUGGAGGCGCAGAGAGAGUCAUAAAGCAAUCCACAGCAACCAAGAAGAGAGAGAGAUUUGGUCGAGCGCCCAUUCUCUCUGGUAGCUCGACCAUGAUGCGAAAGUCUCAGUUGGCAGUCCAGAAUCAGCAUACUGGUGAUGGCAAUACAUCAUGUAGCAGCCAUGAUGGUGAAGAAGGCGGCAAUAUGGCUGCUCUAUCUUCCCUUCAGUCGAUGGAUGUGAUUGUCAGUGUCUUGAGAGGCGAGGGCUUGGCCCCCAAAGAUAAGAAUUGGAAAGGCGAAGCCACGUCCUCGGAUCCCUACGUCAUUGUCAAGCUCUUGUCUACCACCAACACUGCCAAGACACAACAAGUAGUCCUGGGCAAAACAGAGACUGUCUCUCAAUCGCUGAAUCCUGUAUGGGACGAGGACGACGAGGAGGAGCCAAUGGAGGUCACCAUGUCCAGUGUCAAUGCGGAAAGUCAAUACGCACUGCAAUUCACCGUUAUGGAUGAGGACGACAUGACCAAGGAUGAUCUCAUGGGGAUUGUCACGGUGCCCAUCAGUACCACAGAGCCUGUUCACACCACGGACUGGUACACUGUACCACCCGAUUCGGCCAAGAAUGCCACGGGAAAACUCAAGAUUGCUCUGCAAACCAAACUGCACUAUGACGGUGGACAGAUCGUUGUCGCAACCGACGAAUCCCCUGCUCAACAACCACAACAGCAACAACCACAAGGCUCCUCUUCAUCAUCACAAACACCAGAGGAAACUGUGCUUGCACCACAGUCACAACAAACGCCACAAGACAACAACAAUAAUGCUGAUGGAGGAGUAGAAUACUUGGAACUCGAUCUGACAGUCAUUCAAGGUCAAGGCUUGGCGGCCAAAGAUCGAGACUGGAAAGGAAAACGAACCACAUCCGACCCAUACAUCGAGGUCACCUUAUUACCUGAUGGUGUUGCAGGAGGUCCCAACGAGUUGUCUUUGGGGUUGACACAAACCAUACACAAGACCCUUUGUCCCGUCUGGCAGGAUCCCUUUUACACACGUGUCCCACUCUCCACACUGAAGGCCCAUGCACAAUUGCGAUUGACCAUUAAAGAUUGGGACGAAAUCACAGAAGACGAUUGCAUGGGCAUUGUACACAUUCCUCUGAUGACGACUACUGCCAAUGCCAAUAGUGUCAAGUGGUAUGACGUCCCGGCCACAUCGGCCAAGAAUGCCACUGGAAAGAUUCAGUGUGCGCUCGCCACCACCAGGCGACGAAUCGUGGAAUCACCUCGACGGGUGUGCAGCGAUGCCUGGACAAGAGCAGAGCAAGAAUCCGUUAGCGCCAAUGCCAACAAUAGCACUGCACCACCAUCACCGACAAUCAACGACAGCACGGCCCGUAAGGAUAUAAUUGAUUCCAUGAACUUGACCGUGACGGUACUUGCAGGUGCAGGCCUCGCGGCCAAGGAUCGGAAUAUAAUUGGCAAACGAACAACGUCAGAUCCGUAUGUGCAUGUCAAGCUCUUGACCGUUCCACCCAAUACGAAUGACCCCAAUAAUGUCAAGGAAAUCAACAUGGGCAAAACUCAGACAGUCCCUCAGUCACUGGCGCCCGUUUGGAACGAGCGCUUUGAAACGACACUGCAGGGCAAUGACCUGAUACGAGCCAAUGAAGCUCGCUUGCAACUGACAGUCUAUGACCGCGACAUCACCACCAAGGACGAUUGCAUGGGAGUCGUGACCAUUCCCGUGCUAUUGGUGAAUACACCCACCGCCAACGCGCCUCGAUGGUAUGGGAUUCCCUCUCAUUCGGCCAAGAAUGCUGCGGGAAGGUUGCAAAUUCAACUGGAUACCACGCUGGUGUACGCAUCGGAUCAACUGCGUCGUGCUGUUGCACCACCUCCACCGCGACCCAAACCCAACAUGGUUCGGCUGGGGUCGGCCCGCAAAUUGAAAUUGACGGCCACGGCUCGAUCCCGGGAUACCUCGGCCUUUUGCACCCCGAGAAGAACGAGACCCAAGCAAGGCAAGCUCAAGUCGUUUGCCGGAGUGGCGCCACUCGCGUUUGGGGAUUCCACCCAUAAUAAAUCAACGACGGGUGGGAAGAUCCGCAAAAAGUCGUCACCAUCGGCCAAAGACAAGGGCAUCACCAAGUCCAAGAACGAUGUUGUCAAGAGUAAAGGCAAGAAGGAAACUCGACGAACUGAAUCCUCGUCACCAGCGACGGAUCGAAACGCUACCUCGCCCGCUGGAUCACCCGAUACUCCAACCGCCAGCCAAAACAUGGCAGAUGAGUUCUUGUCUCUCAGGUCUGGAACGGAAGCUCCCGGCGGUGGCAGCAAGGUUGCGCAGGAUAGCAUGGCCAUAGGUCGAAGCUCUUCCAGGUCUAGGUUUUCCCAGCAAAAGGCUCGGUCCAAGGAUACAUCGGCGUUUUGCACGCCUCGACGAAUCAAACCAAAAGCAAAAGUCUCCGGUGCUGCUGCCGCCUCCUCGGCCAAGGCCGCUGCACUGCCCAAGUUCAAGUCCAUUGCUGUGCCAAUGAUGACACCAGAGGCCGACAACGACACCAAUGGCAAGAAGGCCGGAUCUCUUCCGACGACGCCGGCAGCAGAACCAGCAAAUGUGGUUUCCGUCGCUGAGAACAGCACUGCUGAGUCCAGCGAUUGUUCUUGGACUAAGCCUCGUCGAAGGCAGCCCUCGAUUCUUUGGAAGUGCACGUGUGGUUCCGAAUCCGAAAAGAGCAGCCCCUGUUGUUCGGCAUGCGGUGCAAAUCAGUUCUGGACUUGUGCUGGCUGUAGCUUUAGGGGCAACAUUUGCGUCUACCAAUUUUGCGGAAUGUGUGGGAAAAAGCGAAACGAAAAGUCCGCACCAACGAGCAACCCUCUCGGAAGCCACGCGAACUCCCAAUCAGUCCCACUGCGAGCAUACUAACGAAGCAGGGGGCAAGGAGAUAGCCUAUAUGGUCCCUCCAGCGUACCGUAUGUUCAUAUCUGUAAUUCUAAAAAGCGAAUGAGCUACUAGUGAAACAAACAACCGACGAAACGGUCGACUUGGUCAGUCAGCGAGAAAAACAGGGCCAAAUCAUCCAGUUGGCGAGAUCUUUCGAUGUUUUUUGCACCAGCGCCUGUGGGCGGGCCAAUGGGCUUUCUGGCACACCUUGCUGCAGUAGAAGACCUGUUCGCACGCAGUACAAUCCAUGGUGCCCGCACUGCGGCAGCUGCUAUUGCCACAUUCAUGGUAAUGUUUCACCAAAGCCCGCGCUUUGAUUCUCCAUUGAGAGGCUUCAUCCUUGAAGACCGAGAGCCCGUCCCGUUCGGCUUUUUCGCCCAGAGUGUAGAAGCGUUUUGCCUCGCCCAUGUGACGGGGACCACGGUGUCCAUGAAGGAGCGCUAGGCGAUAGCAAGCUUCAGGCAGCUUCCUUGCAUCGGGCUCUGCACAUUUGACGAAGCGUUGGAGGAGAGCACUCGACUUUCCAUCCUUUUGUGUACUCAAGUCCAACAAUAUCGCUUGGUGAAACAAUGUGUGCUCUGGGUCUUCACAGCCAAGUGUUUCGGCCUUUUUGAAGGCUUGCAGCGCCCUCGACGCCUGCAUUUGCAUGGCCAGGAUGCAGCCCUCUAUUGCGGGAAAGUAGGGGUCGUUUGGAAGAAGAAGCUGCGCAAGUGAAAGUCGCUGUAGCCCUUUGUGGUGCUCGCCCCGCACGAAGAGAAUGUUGGCGUGGACAAACAGAGCUUCGGCACGAUGUUGGUUCAGUUGCGUAGCAUCUGUAGAUAACCUGUUGAACGCCUCCAUUGCGCCCUGCAUCUUGGAAGACUGCCAGCGUAACACUAAGGAGUUCUUUCGGUAAACAUCAGCAUAUGCGGAUGCUGCGGCCUUAAUGUCGCCAUUCUCGAAGGCUUCGUGACCAAUGACGCAGCAAAUAGCACUUUCCAGAAGUCCCAUUGCAGUCUUUGAAUCUGGGAAUUGAUCGACCAAGGCUAGCAAAUUGUCGACCGAGAAUUCAAAGUUGUCGUCGAGACCAUCAAUUCGACGAGCAUCCUCGAAAAAUUCUUCGGCGGAGUUCUGAUGAAUCCUACGCUUCAUGGACCUUUUGAGGCGCCGAAGGAAAGUGUUCCGCUCUUCUUCAUUUCGAAAGUGCUUGUUUAUGGUGGCUCUAUCAAGAGGAGUCGUCAUGUUGGCAUGAACCACAACCCAAGCUUUGGCUUGCUACUAACUCCCUCCAGCUAAUUAUGGGUAGGCAAGAUACAUUGUGUAGCCACCGUGGAAAAUCCAUCCAGUUGGUCAUCGAAAAUUUCGAAGCCCGUAGAAAAGUACCGCGACAGUGCCAUUCCCACUCGUCUAUAAGUUCUUCCAUGCCUCUGGGAAGAUAUCAUCUGGUAUCAUCAAUGCAUGUCUGAAAGCAUUGGUGUAGCGCAUUUGUCCAUUGAUCAAUCGGAACCUCAUUAUUUCACAGGUGAACCAUUCUGCUGUAUGGUGAUCAGUCACUUCCACUUUGCCAGUCUGGUGAAAGAGACUGAAGUCAAUCAUUUUGUAGAACUUGAUGUUGCAAAGCAAAUUGACAUUCCAUGGGUAUGGAUUUUCCAUUUGUUCAAAUUCAGUAAGCAGCCUAUCAGGGGAACUAUCUAAUUGAUGGGCUGACACAUAGUCCUUGGCUUGUGGAAAUGGGUCAGAUGACUCAAAACAUCAAAUCGCCGAGAGACACGACAAUAUGCAAACGAAAGACCCUUGACUCACCAUAAUCAAGGAAAACUUCUUCCCCUGGGAGCCGAGAGAGAGUUCAGCAUUAGCUUGAUCGUGCCUUGGUAGCGCAUGGCGCCGUGUGCUGCAGCUUCCCACACUUACCUGGCUGAAUAUCCCGCAGAGCUACCAGCUCCAAUGCAAGGCUGGUUUUCUUCUUCCUAGCAAAGUGCUCAAUUGGCAUUUCCAGCAGCUCAGGCUUGUGGUUUCCCUUGGCUGGAUCAGCCCAGCGCAAUUUGACGUUAGCACGGGUCUGGUUGUGGUUAAUCAGACUGGUCUGAGGCCCGUAGGGACAUAGUAGAAGCGAUGAACGCCCAUGCCCAAAGCAGUAAUUCAACAAAAGCUGCUCCCCAUAUUUGACAUUUGCCGUUUGCAACGUGAAGAUGUCUUCAAACUCAAGCAUGUCAAACAUAUGGCUGUCUUCAACAUGUACGAGAGGCAAUGGUGCCACCACAGAAUCUUUUGCAAGAUGUCUUGUUGCAAAGGCCCCUCUUCCAGCCUGACGGAUUGUUGACUCGCCUUCCAUCAGGUUGUCAGCACAUGUUCCAAAUUGAUGGAACCAUUCAUCUGUGCGCAUGCUUUCCUUAAUGCGUAUCUCUUUCAGCGUCAUUUGCUGAUGUAACAUGUACCAUUCCUCAUCUGUCUUUUGAAAGGCCGCAAAGGUUGUUGACUCGUUGAAUUCAUUUCUCUCCACAAAGCUGACCCACAGCUCCCCCAAUAUUUCCCCUGGUAUCUUGCGAUGCUUCUUUUGUAUUUCAAAGAAUCGUUCGAAUACCUUGUCGGCCUUACGUAGAUCCCCAAUCUGUGGUAUGGGUCCAAAAUUUUUCUUGCGAUCUUCGAACCUGUGGUGUAAUAAGGAAACACACACGAGUUAGAGCCUUGACGCCUGACGAAACAGUUCCAUGACAGGUUGUGUGUGUAUGUACCACUGUCAGGCCGGCAGGAAAGAACAGAAAAGUGAAAAAAGGACCAUGGUGUAAGUUGGGUGCAAUACAGCAAGUAUACCAAUGGCCACAGUAGCACUUCUAACCACUCACAGU